UUAACCCUAAAGUUUCCGUACAUCCUCAUUUCAGUAAUAGGAAAUUCUUAAUUUAGCUCAUGCUUAGCCCUUUAUAAACACACAUUAUCCUAGGGUUAGGGCUAAUCACACCCAUUAAACAUUGUACUUUCUCUCCUCUUCAAUCCUCUUUCUUUGAUCUCCACCUCUGACUCUCUUAAUUAAUCAGUUUAUGUUUUUCGAUUCUCAAAAGACUCACAAAUUUCACUUCAUCUUUGCAGGGUUUGAAGUAGAAGAAAGUAGAGAAGAAUUUGAGGGUAACUGUACCAUGAGGAAGAGUCAUGUGGUUGUGAGAAGAGUGGAAUCUCCUACUGGGAGGAAUGUGAGAUAUGGAGAGUGCCAAAAGAACCAUGCAGUCAAUGUUGGAGGAUAUGCUGUGGAUGGUUGCAGGGAGUUCAUGGCAAGUGGUGCAGAAGGAACAAGUGUUGCUCUCACUUGUGCUGCUUAUGGCUGCCAUAGGAGCUUCCAUAAGAAAGAGGUCUGGCCAGAAGCUGAGUGUGACUGUUCUUCUUCCCCAUCAGCAAGUGGACGUUGAAGUCUGAUACAUGCUUUGAACUUGUAUUUGCUUGUUAGCUCUAAUGAUUUGGAGUUUCAGUAUGUGUGAUGGUUUGGUGUUCUACAAAUCUUGAGUGAUUGAUAUUUGUAACAAGGAAAAGCAAAUUUAAUUAAGCAGUUGUUUGUUUUUGUGAUAAAAAGUGCAAAGUUUCUUAUUCUCUUCAAAUUCGGGUUAGGCCUAACUACCUCAAAAGCUAGUUUAUGGAUGAUGAU